GGUCGGUCUGCCUAAACCUAUAUAAGUACUGCAGCCAAAGCUUUCCAAAGUCUCUCUUGCCAACCGCAAAGAUGAACUACGGAUCUGACCACUAUACCUCGUCGUCCUACCGAAAGAUCUUCGGGGACGCCCCUCGUUUCUCACCCUCAACCUCUCGUAUGAGCAGUCCCUCCGCCUCCUCCCGCAGUUCUGUGUCCUCCACCAGUUACAGGUCUGCGGUGUCUCUCCCCCGCAGCAAUGCGUCAUCGCUAGGUUACUACAGAAGGACCGGUCAGUCUUCUUCCUUUUCGACGGUUCCAGGUGACAGCCUCGAAUUGACUCAAUCCUCCGUCCUCAGCAAUGAGUUGAAAGUCACCCGAACCAAUGAGAAAGAACAACUGCAGGGUCUCAAUGACCGCUUCGCCAUGUUCAUCGAGAAAGUGCGUACCCUGGAGCAGCAGAACAAGGUCUUGGAGACGGAGCUGGUGACUCUGCGCCAGAGGCAGCACGAGCCAUCCCGCAUCGCGGACCUAUACCACCAGGAGAUGCGCGAGCUUCGCGCGCAAGUGGAGGAGAUCGGCAGCGAGAAAGCCCACAUUCUCAUCGAUAGGGACAACUUAGAAGAAGACCUGCACAAGCUUAGGGCCAAAUAUGAGGAGGAGAUAAGGGCGCGCGAGGAGGCUGAGCAGACCCUGCGGUCGUUCAAAAAAGACGUGGAUGACGCCACCAUGGCGCGGCUGGAUCUAGAGCGCAAAGUGGAGGGCCUCCUGGAUGAGAUAUCCUUCCUGAGGAAGGUCCACGACGAGGAGGUGGCCGAACUGAGCGGUAUGGUCCAGGCAGCUCAUGUGUCAGUCGAGGUAGAGCUGGCCAAACCCGACCUCACCUCGGCUCUGAAAGAGAUCCGCAAUCAGUACGAGACUCUGGCUUUUAAGAACCUGCACUCCGCGGAAGAGUGGUAUAAAUCCAAGUUUGCCAAUCUCAACGAGCAGGCCACCAGGAGCAAUGAGGCAAUGCGGGCCAGCAGGGAGGAGAUCAACGAAUUCAGGAGACAACUGCAGUCCAAGACAAUUGAGUUGGAGACCCUACGUGGCAUCAACGAGUCUUUGGAACGGCAGAUUCGAGAGACAGAAGAUGGACACAAUCUUGAAAUCGCAGGUUUGCAGGAUACCAUUGGGCACCUGGACAAUGAUUUGCGGAACAUCAAGAAUGACAUGGCUCAGCAUCUUCGAGAGUACCAGGAUCUGCUCAAUGUCAAAAUGGCUCUGGACAUUGAAAUAGCUGCCUACAGAAAACUGCUGGAGGGAGAGGAAACUCACUUUAGCACAGGAAUAUUAUUCGGCGCCUCGAACCAUGGCACCAGUCACUUUGGAUACCAGCCACGUGCCUCAAGCUAUGCACGGAGUACCAAUAAGGAGAAAGAGGCUGCUCAGAAAGAUGGCUUCAAGGAGAUCACUGAGGAAAAAGUAGAGAAGAGCGAUGAAGCAGAUAUCAACUCAAACAACUAG